CCUUGUUUUACUGAUUUGAGUCCCCCUCUCUGUUUAGAGAGAGAGAGAGAGAACGAGCAAGAGAGAUUUUCUAGAUAUGUCUUUGGGUGUGAAAUUAAGUGGUUCUUCUUCUAUUUUGUAGAAUGAACAGAAGCCUAAACCUCUUCUUCUCAGAAGAAGAUGGCUCAACAACAACAACAACAACAACAACAACAGCACCAACAACAAUCCAACCCCCUAUCCCUCCUCGAUGCUCUCUAUUGCGAAGAGAACGGUUGGGAGGAAGAAGAAGAAAGAGCUACAGCAGACGAAGAAAAGGGCGAAAACAGUGAAAACAAUACAGCGAAUCCAUCUCUUUUCCCUCUAUUCUUAUUGGAACAAGACCUGUUUUGGGAAGACGAGGAGCUCCUCUCUCUUUUUACCAAAGAACAGCAGAAUCACCACUUCAUCAGAAACCUCGACAUUGGCGACCCUUCUGUCGGGUCGGCUCGUCGGGAGGCCGUGAACUGGAUUCUCAGGGUCAAUUCCCAUUACGCCUUCUCUGCUCUCACCGGUGUUCUUGCAGUUAACUAUCUCGAUAGGUUCUUCUAUAGCUUCCAUUUCCAGAGAGACAAACCAUGGAUGACCCAACUCGCCGCUGUGGCUUGUCUUUCUCUGGCUGCCAAGGUGGAAGAGACCCAAGUUCCCCUUCUCUUAGACCUGCAAGUGGAGGACACCAAGUAUGUGUUCGAGGCGAAAACUAUUCAGAGAAUGGAACUCUUGGUGCUCUCCACCCUUCAGUGGAAGAUGAAUCCCGUGACCCCACUCUCGUUCAUCGAUCACAUAAUAAGAAGGCUGGGAUUGAAGAACCAUCUUCACUGGGUGUUUCUCAGGAGCUGCGAGCAACUCCUCCUCUCCGUCAUUGCCGACUCGAGGUUUGUUCGUUAUCUUCCUUCUGUUUUGGCUGCUGCUACAAUGCUGCAUGUUAUCGAGGAAGUUGAGCCCUGUAAUCCGAUCGAAUAUCAAAAGCAGCUCAUGGGAGUCCUGAAAAUCAGCAAGGACAUGGUGGAUGACUGCUAUGAACUCAUCCGGGAAUUGACAUCGGGCUGCCAAGGUCUCAACCACAGUCGAAAACGCAAGUAUCUGUCCGUACCGGGAAGUCCAAACGGCGUCAUUGAUGUGUCUUUCAGCUGCGACAGUUCCAACGAUUCAUGGGCGGUGGCAUCAUCAGUUUCGUCUUCGCCGGAGCCUCUGCUUAAGAAGAGCAGAGCCCAGGAGCAGCAGAUGGGUUUGCGUCCUUUCAGCCGAGUUAUCGUGGACGUGCUUAGCAGCCCUAGUUAGAACUCUUUACUCCCCAUUUUAUUACUAUCCAUCCAUCCUCUUCGGUUCUUAAUCCAAUCUUAAUCUACCCAUUUCAUCAGACCCAUGCUAUCGUACAUUCUCUUUCCAUGAAAUUAUGUUGUUUAAGUGCAAGUUAAAUUGCUUUCCAUCUCUGCAAUUCCAGCGUGUAAGCCCAGUAAACGUAUCAUAUGAGACGAGAAGAUUAAAUAGACAAUUGUCCCCAUCGUCUCCUGGAGAGAGGGAGAGAUAAGACGAGGUGGGGGAGGAAGAUUGAAAAGCAGAGAUGGCUGGCAUUUUGCUCGGAAAAUGAACCAUGGCUGCAUCAAUGAAAGACUAGUUGCUUAUAAAUUAUCUCUACUAGUCUCAGAGAAUUUUCAAGUAAUGUGUUCAUGAACAUAUAUUAUUACUUAGUAUAAAAAUAUAAGUUGCAGACUUGCAUA